UGGCCAUCUCUCUCAUUUCCUCACAUCUUCUUCCUCUAAAAAUCAAAAGAAAAUCCAAGAAAAGAAAAAUAUUAAUUAUUACAAGUUUCUUCUCUCCAUUAUAUUUACACACGCACUUCUCUUCCCUUUAGUCAUAUAACCCACACCAAAAGAGGAAAAAAUAAAACCCAUCAAACACUACAACCAAAAUGGAUAUUGUUAGUAAUAACAAAGCAAUAAUGCUAAAAGUUAUGGACCAACUCGUUCAAGGCCAUGAGUUGGCCACUAAGCUUCAACAGCUCCUCUCUCAACACGGGUCGGGUCGUGGUGCAGCAGGGGAUCUCGUGGCUAAAAUCUCGGCAUCUUUUAGUGACACAAUCUCUGAUCUUGAUUCCUUUGAACCCAUCCCCUCCUCUCUCUUCACCGCCGUUGAAGGCUCUCAAAAUGCUUCCUGCAACAACGACGGCAAGCUUGAGGAUUCCGUUGAUAGUCGGAAAAGAUUGGGACCCGUCAAGGGUAAAAGAGGAUGCUACAAGAGAAAAAAGAGAGCUGACACGUGGACUGUAGAGUCAACUCUACUUGAGGACGCAUUUUCUUGGAGGAAAUAUGGAAAAAAGGAGAUUCUUAAUGCCAAAUUCCCAAGAAGUUACUUUAGGUGCACACAUAAAUACACUCAAGGGUGCAAGGCAACAAAGCAAGUACAGAAGCUAGAGCUCGAACCCAGGAUGUUCAGUAUCACAUACAUUGGAAACCACACGUGCGACACGGACGAAGUAACACCAAAUAUCAAUCCUUGUGUUCAUCAUGAUGACGGCAUCAUGGAUUCUGAAGAGUUCAAGUGUCCUAGUUUGAGGACCUCGAUGAAUGAAGAGGAAGAUAACCAUCAUCAUGGUUCGUCCACGGAGAGUGACUUGCAAUUGGUGUGGCAAGAAAUGUUGGUGUUUGGAGAGGAACAUAAUCAUCAUCAUCAUGAGGCUAUUUAUGGUUGCGGUGAAACUAGUGCAUCUAUUUAUGGUUUGGAUACCACGGAUCUUUGGAGUUGGCAGCGAUUUCCGGUUCAACGAUAAUGAGCAGCUCUCUUACUUCGAACCAUGUUUGAAUCUAGCUUAAUUUUACAUUAUUAUAGUCUACCGAAUGUAAUAUCUAUAUUUUCAUUAUAUAGCUCUCUUUUUGUAUUCUCAUUUCUUAACUAAUUUAUCAUUUUUCGCUGAA